UAGUAGUCAGACAAGUAUUCAACACAGGAUUCAAAAUGUUAUCGAAAAAUGUAUAAAUCUAAAAAUGUUUAAAAAUGUGAUUCUGUUUAAUGUAUAACGGAUAUCAGAGGAAUACAAUCAAGAAAUGGACAACAAACACUCAUCCAAAACCGCAAUAUACCAAGAAGCCUUCGAUUUCCAGCCCGACAUCAAGCUGCCCCAGUUGACUCCGAAAGACAGCGAUCAGAAUGGCUACGAUGUGUUCAUGGGUUUCGUGGCACUAAGCGCCAGUCUGGGAAACUUUUAUCACCAUGUGCCAAAGACGAUGAAAUUUUUGGCCGAAAACGGAACACAUCAGCGUGACCCUUGCGAGCUGGUCCUGUUGAACAAUUUUCGCAAGGUGUUCGACCACCACAACAAUGACCCAGACGAGAAGACGAGGACAUUUCAUGAGGCCCGGGGCGAAUUUUUUAUGAUUCUUUACCAUCUACUGAUGGUUGACACUCAGCUAGAGGAUAAACAGUCAUUUAUGCCAUUUAUGGAAUUGUGCUAUGAGCUAAUCGGUUCCGAUCGUCAGAAGAACCUAAAGGAGCACGUUAAUUGUUUGCUUGUCCAGGUCAAAAAUGUUGUGCAUUCUUUUAUAGAUAAGUAUUUAGACUCUAAAAUUGAGAGUGUCCGUAAUCUGCACGCCGAUAAAAAAAGCCUUUCGCUUCAAUUAGGAGGCCUAAGUAUUAAGAAAGGCAUUGGCGUUGUCCAUAAUCGAAGGCUAACAACAGCCGCUGAGUUGCGGCCAGAGGAAAUAAAUUUAAAUUUGAUAAGCCAUUUUUCGGAUAAAUUAGCUAUAACCCAAAAAAGUUAUUUAGAUUCUGAAAUAAUUCCAAAGGAAAAAGAGUCUUCGUCCAGAUCGUCGCCAGACAUUUCCAGACAGGAUGAAGCAACCUCGGCUGAAGAUAUUUUUGAGGACUUUCGUGGAAGUAACUUCAUCUGUGAUUCUAAGGAACCUUUUCAUGACUUCAAUACUAAGAACGUAUCUGAAGACAGUUCUUCUAAUGGUUUCGAAAAGGAUUUUUUAGUAAGUUCCGUUAUAAAUAUUUGUCAAAAAGCUUCAAGGGAAUCUGAAGUAUUGGAGACACCUAAGCCUUUGCAAAUGGUUCGAAGAAAAUAUUUUUCCCAGGUAUUAGGACCAUUUGCCACGAGCUCAGAAGAUGAUGAUCCUCCUUUGCUCGACUUCAGUCCAAAAGAUUCGAUAGAAUCUUUGAACAAUAUUGAUAUUAACUCCAAAAAAGAGGUAUUUAGUGAUUUGGAAAGUAGUUCUGAGAAAAAUGUAAAAAUUAAUCAGCCUCAGCUACCUCAGCCAUUAAGUGAUGAGUCCUCAAUAAUAAGUUCAAGCCUAGAAAAGGAAUUAAAAGAAUCGUCCAAUAUGAUUCAGGAGGCAAAGGACAAUCAUAAAAAUGAGUCACCAAAACAAUCUAGGUUGGUGAAGGAAAAUAUGAUGUCUGAAGAAAGUGAAUCGCAAUUACCAUCAUUCAUAGAAAAACUUAAAACUCUUGGCGACAUUACAGCUUCGAUUGCUUAUCCAAAUACUAAUGUCAAAUGUUUAAGUGAUUGUCCAGUGUCCCUUAAAAAGUCUGAUGAGGAAAUAAUAUCAAGUAUCAAGGUUAAAGAAAAUGUAUCCCAUGAUAGUACUAUUCAGGGAAAUCUAAAAAAAUACAGAACUUGUUUUCCGAUUUCAGCAAUAUAA